GCGACAGCGACGGCGUCGGAACUAGCUGGAAGACUCGGCCCCGGGCGGCUCAACAGUUCGCAAAGUCCGGGCUUGCAGUCGUGCGGCUCCGUCUGCGCUCGGGCGGCGCAGGGGCGCGGGGGUCCCCGGGCUGCUGCAUCCCGGGGCUCCCCGGACAUGCCCCGCACCCCCUGCCGGACGCCCGCGCGGCUUCAUCGGCUGUGACCCCGGGAGCUCUGGGACUAGAGCGACCCCCGCCCCAACUUUUGACUUUGGGGUCCCCCAGCCCAAGAGGAACUGGCGGCCCGGCUGGGGGAGCCCCGGGCAUGGUGUGACGGGGCGGUCAGCUUUGCUGCGCCCCCACUCCAGCCACCCGUCGUCUCUGUGCCCUCCAGAAUGUAGCUGCUCUCUCUGCGCCCCCCGGACUCCAGCCGCAGCCUCUGCGAUCUCCGGGCUCCAAGAGCCAACUCUUUGUCCCCCAAGACUCCGCUGUCGUCUUGGCGUCCUCCGGAUUCCAGUUUCACGACCGCAGCCGUCUUCGCGCCCGCUAGGACUCUAGCAGCGGUCUCCGCAGCCCCCAAGAUCGAGCCUCUGUUCCCGUGCUCCCUAAACCCAGUCUCCAGCCGCCGUCGCCGCGUCUCCUGGGAUCCAGCUCCGUUCCGCGUCCCCCCAAACCUGGACUCCAGCCUCGAUCUCCGCGUUCCCCGGGAUCCAGCUGUCGCGCCAGCGCCCGCGAGAGCAGCAGCACCCCACCGCGCGCCCCGGGUCCGGCCGGGCCUCGGCGGGGAGAUGAACGCGCAGCUGGACGGCGUGUCGGUGAGCUCGUCCUCCACCGGCUCGCUGGGCUCGGCGGCCGGGGCGGGCGGCGGCGGGGGCGCGGGGCUGCGGCUGCUGUCCGCCAACGUGCGCCAGCUGCACCAGGCGCUGACCGCGCUGCUGAGCGAGGCGGAGCGGGAGCAGUUCACGCACUGCCUGAACGCUUACCACGCGCGCCGCAACGUCUUCGACCUGGUGCGCACCCUGCGAGUGCUGCUGGACAGCCCGGUCAAGCGGCGCCUGCUGCCCAUGCUGCGUCUGGUCAUCCCUCGCUCCGACCAGCUGCUCUUCGACCAGUACACGGCGGAGGGCCUCUACCUGCCCGCCACCACCCCCUACAGGCAGCCCGCCUGGGGCGGCCCCGACGGCGCGGGGCCCGGGGAGGUGCGCCUCGUGAGCCUGCGGCGCGCCAAGGCCCACGAGGGCUUAGGCUUCAGCAUCCGCGGGGGCUCGGAGCACGGCGUGGGCAUCUACGUGUCGCUGGUGGAGCCGGGCUCCCUGGCUGAGAAGGAAGGGCUUCGGGUUGGGGACCAGAUUCUGCGCGUCAACGACAAAUCCCUGGCCCGGGUGACCCAUUCGGAGGCCGUCAAGGCCCUGAAGGGCUCCAAGAAGCUGGUGCUGUCCGUGUACUCAGCAGGACGCAUCCCCGGGGGCUACGUCACCAACCACAUCUACACCUGGGUGGACCCGCAGGGCCGCAGCGUCUCCCCACCCUCGGGCCUGCCCCAGCCCCACGGCAGUGCCCUGAGGCAGCAGGAGGGCGACCGGAGGAGCACCCUGCACCUCCUGCAAGGCGGGGAUGAGAAAAAGGUGAACCUGGUGCUGGGGGAUGGCCGGUCCCUGGGCCUCACGAUCCGCGGGGGAGCCGAGUACGGCCUUGGCAUCUACAUCACGGGGGUGGACGCGGGCUCUGAAGCGGAGAGCAGCGGGCUCAAGGUUGGGGACCAGAUUCUGGAGGUGAACGGGCGCAGCUUUCUCAACAUCCUUCACGACGAGGCAGUGCAGCUGCUCAAGUCGUCCCGGCACCUCAUCCUGACGGUGAAGGACGUCGGGAGGCUGCCGCACGCCCGCACCACCGUGGACGAGACCAAGUGGAUCGCCAGCUCCCGGAUUGGGGAGACCGCCACGAACUCAGCAGGGCUUCCUGCAGACCUCACAGCAGAAGGGACAAACAAGCCGGGGUUUUAUAAGGGCCCGGCCGGCUCGCAGGUGACGCUGAGCAGCCUGGGGAACCAGACGCGGGUGCUGCUGGAGGAGCAGGCGCGGCACCUGCUGAACGAGCAGGAGCGCGCCACCAUGGCCUACUACCUGGACCAGUACCGCGGCGGCAGCGUAUCCGUGGAGGCCCUGGUCAUGGCGCUGUUCGAGCUGCUCAACACCCACGCCAAGUUCUCACUCCUGUCCGAGGUGAGAGGCACCAUUUCCCCGCAAGACCUAGACCGCUUCGACCACCUGGUGCUGAGGCGCGAGAUCGAGUCCAUGAAGGCACGGCAGCCCCCGGGCCCUGGGGCCGGGGACACAUACUCCAUGGUCUCCUACAGUGACACAGGAUCGUCCACGGGCAGCCACGGCACCUCCACCACUGUCAGCUCGGCCAGGAACACUCUGGACCUGGAGGAAACUGGCGAGGCCGUCCAGAGCAAUGUCAACUCCCUCCCAGACGUGUCCGUGGAUGAUGUCAAAUCCACCUCUGAGGGGCUGUCGAGCUUCAAGCCACCACCUCCCGCACCACCUCUGGCCCAAGGCCACGACCACCCACUCGGCCAGCCGAGGAAGCCAGGGAGAGAGGACCUCCAGGCGCCUUCCUCCGCGUCCUCCCACUCAGGCAUCGUCUUCUCGGCUCCGCAGACCCGCAGCCCGCCGCCGGGCACCGCACCCGCCCCGGGGACCUGCUCUGCACAGGACUCGCCCCCGUCCCCCAUCUAUGCCUCCGUCUCCCCUGCCAACGCCGGCACCAGGAGGCCGCUGGACACCCAUCUGGCCCUGGUCAACCAGCACCCCAUUGGCCCCUUCCCCCGGGUGCAGUCACCCCCGCACCUGAAAACCCCCUCUGCAGAGGCCACCGUGGCUGGGGGCUGCCUUCCACCCCCCUCGCCCUCCGGACACCCAGACCAGACAGGCACAAACCAGCACUUCGUCAUGGUGGAGGUACACCGCCCCGACAGCGAGCCGGACGUGAACGAAGUGAGGGCCCUGCCCCAGACACGCACAGCCUCCACCCUGUCCCAGCUCUCGGACAGCGGGCAGACUCUAAGCGAGGACAGCGGUGUGGACGCCGGCGAGGCAGAAGCCAGUGCCCCAGGCCGAGGCAGGCAGACAGCGUCCACCAAGAGCAGGAGUAGCAGGGAGCUGCCUCGGAACGAGAGGCCCACUGAGGGGGCCAACAAGCCGCCUGGACUCCUGGAGCCCACGUCCACUCUGAUCCGUGUGAAGAAAAGUGCAGCCACCCUAGGCAUCGCCAUUGAGGGUGGCGCCAAUACCCGCCAGCCCCUGCCUAGGAUUGUCACCAUUCAGCGAGGCGGCUCAGCCCACAACUGUGGGCAGCUCAAGGUGGGCCACGUGAUCCUGGAAGUGAACGGGCUGACGCUGCGGGGCAAGGAGCAUCGGGAGGCUGCCCGCAUCAUCGCUGAGGCCUUCAAGACCAAGGACCGUGACUACAUCGACUUCCUGGUCACUGAGUUCAAUGUGAUGCUCUAGGGGCCGGGGCCGAGGGCCUCCACCACUGUCCGGCCCCUGCGCCCGGGGCCCUCCCCCCUCCUGGCUUGCUGAAGCUCCUUGAGGGGUCAGGGCCACAUGGCCAGGGUAGCAGGAAGACAUCCCCCCUCCAUCCCGGCCCCGUGGACCAGAACCGGGAGAGGAAAAGAGCCGGCGAGGCAAACAGGUCAGGUCAGGAUCUGGUGCUGUGCUGGGUCCACAGCAGGCGCCUGAUACAGCUGGGCUGCAGGAAGGGACGGAAGGAAAAGGAAGGGCGAGCGCCUGUCUCUCUGGGUUGGAUGGUGGGGCGCUGCUGCCCCCCAGCCAGCCAGGACCCAGCCUGUGUCCAGAGUGAGGUCGCAUGACAAUUCGUGGACACGGCCCCCUACCAGGGGGCAUCUUGCGGGACCUUUAGUGCCACAAAUGAGCAUCGAACACCUCCCCGUUAUCACCCCACUCCGUCUGCCUCCUCACCCCCCAUGGUAUUUAUUAUUUAUUUCCCUCCCCAAACCCCUGGGGACCCCAAGGGUCCAGCUUCCCACCGUACCCCCAGCCUAUCCCAGAGGCCUUGCAGGUGACCAGCAAUGUCAUUGUAUUUAUAUACAGAGCUUAUGACUUUAAUUUUUCAAUAAAGAAAUCUGAACAAGGUUA